AUGGCCCUCAAGCUUGUCAUCCUCUUCCUCCUCUCCCUCGCCUUCUUCACACUCACAAUCGAUGCUUCAAAUUCUACUGUUGCCUCUGGUGGUAAGCUCAAGGAAAUCAUUGGCGUACAGGGAGUUAUCUAUUGCAAAACAGGCACAAAACAAUUUCCCAUCGAAGGAGCCAAGGGGAGAGUAACAUGUUUAGUGGUCGAUGAGAAUGGAUAUGAAUCAGUCAUCACUGUCAUCAGCAAUAAAACAGACAAGAAUGGUUACUUCUUAGCAAAGUUGUAUCCCUCGGCACUUGAAGAGCUUGAAUUCAAAGGGAUUCUCACAGGGUGUAAGGCUUACCUGAACAGUUCUCCCUUGAGGAAAUGCCGUGUUCCAACUGAUAUCAAGAAGGGAAUGAGUGGUGCACCUCUUUUGUUGCCCCGUAUUCUUCCGGAGGAUAACAUACAUUUGUACUCGGUGGGACCUUUUGUGUACACAUCCGAGCCUGAUUUUCAUCAUGGUUAUUGA